AUGGCUGCCUUCAGCAAACCGCGGGGCCUUCUCCCCAUGCUCUUCGCCGUCCUCGUCUUCCUCCAGGCCGCCGCCGCCCUUCACGCCGUCCACGGCUCGCCCGAGGGCAUGCGUGCCCACAUGGAAGCCACAAAACGGGAGCUCGAGCAGGAGCUCCAGAAGCGCCAGGUCCAGACGUCGUGGCUCUUUGGCAACUUCCUCGCCAUUGAGGGCGUCAACGGCUCUCGCUCUCCUGCUGCGCGUCGAGAGAUCCGGGACCUGAGGAACGAUUCCGAAGCCUGGAACCUCUACCUUCUCGGCAUGGAGAAGUUUAUGAAGAAGUCGCCCCAGGACAAGGUCGGCUACUAUCAGAUUGCCGGCGUCCACGGCCGCCCCUAUGUGUCUUGGAACAACUCGCCCCUGAGCAACUCGGCCGGCUACUGCCCGCACGGCAACACGCUGUUUGGCACCUGGCACCGGCCCUAUCUCGCCGUCUUCGAACAGGCCUGGUACCUCGCCGUCCAGGAGGUCAUCAACGAGUUCCCCGAGAGCGACCGCCAGCGCCUGAGGGACGUCGCCCGCGACCUCCGCAUCCCCUACUGGGACUGGGCAGCCCCGGUCCCCUCGGGCCAGCCCGCUGUGCCCACGGCCAUCCGCGACCAGUACGUGACGGUGCGCAAGCCGCAGGGCCUCGUGUCCAUCCCCAACCCCCUCUACUCGUACACCUGGGGCAGCUCGCUCCCCAGCGAGAUGGGCGGCGGGCCCUGGGGCAACUUCGCCACGACGCUGCGGCGCCCCGUGGCCAACCCGACGCGCAGCAACAACAACGAGUUCAACUCGCGCAUGCAAUCCCUCCGCGUGUCCCUGCGCGACCGCAUCUACGGCCUCUUCGCGGCGCGCCCGGUCCCCUCGUUCGGCUACGUGAGCACCUCGCAGAUUGGCGCGCGCCCGGCCGGCGGCAACAACGUCGACAGCUUCGAGUCGAUCCACGACGCCAUCCACGUCACGGCCGGCGGCGAGUCGGGGGGCCACAUGUACUACCUCGACUACUCGGCCUUUGACCCCUUGUUCUGGCUGCACCACACCAACAUCGACCGCCUGCUCGCCAUGUACCAGCUCACGGCGCCCAACACGUACGUCGCCAUUGGCACCAUCACGCACGCCAUGGCCCAGUGGAACCAGGGAACCCAGGUCCACGGCGGCACGGGCCUGAGGCCCUUCACCAAGAACGCGAAUGGCGAUUACUUCACCAGCGACGACGUGCGCAACACGCGCAGUUUGGGGUAUUUCUACCCGGAGACGCGCAACGGCAACGCUGCGGAUGUCUACAAUGCCGUGAGUGCCCUGUACGGACCUAACUCGCAGCGCUCGAAGCGAUCUCUGGAAUACCGCCACGGCCACGGCCACGGAAACGGAAAUGAAAACGGCCACGGUCACGGCUACGGCAAGGAGGAAGACGGAUACGAAUCGGAACCCGAGAAGCCUGAGGAGGAGGAGGAUCACGAGGAACAGGGCGAACAGGGCAAAGAGGGCGACUACACCGCCAUCAUCACGCCCGUCACGCAAUACGAAGGCCGCCCCCUCCUCGACGGCGAGGAACACUACGUCCUCAACGUCAUCGCCAACAAGUACGCGCUGCCAGGCUCCUACUCGAUCCACGCCUUCCUCGGCAACCCGUCGUCCAACACCACCGUCUCCCUCCACUCCAAACCCUCCUCGUACCCCAUCCACGCCAACACCACGACCACCAUCAUCCCCGUUUCAAACACAACCACCCCUUCAGACAACGGCAACAAAGAAUGCGAAGACCCGACCCUCUCGCCCGACUACAUCGGCGCCUACGCCAUCCUCGGCGGCACGCACGCCUCGACCUCCCCCUCGCUCGCCGACGGCGGCCUCAUGACCUCUGGCGCCCUCCCGCUCACCACGGCCCUCCAGGCCAAACAAGCUGCGGGGUACCUCCCUUCGCUCUGCCGCGACGACGUGAUCCCUUACCUCACCGCGAAUUUGUACUACAAAGUCAUUGGGCCUGGUAACGUUGAGAUCCCCGCCGACCAGAUCCCGGGGUUGCAUCUGGGCGUUAAGGGGUGCAAGGUUAGUGUUAAAGAUGGACAGGGUAUGCCGGCGUUUGGGAAUUACGAGGAUGUACCUGGUGUGCUUGAGGGAAAGCCCGCGGGCGAGCCGUAUACGCAUGUGUUGGAGGAGGGCGAGAAGGUGGUUGUGCCGGAGGGGGAGUAUGUUCCUGGGAAGCCUGAGGGGAAUGAGGGAGAGGGUGAGUGUGUGGUUAGGCAGAAGAUUGAGUAUGUGGAUGCGCAGGGGAGGUUUUUGUAUGAGGAGAUGGAGUAG